AUGGGCUCUGUAAUUCCUCUGGUUUUGACGAUUUUUUCUUUGGUAUCAUUAACAUUUCUGGGAUCUGAUUCUCAGAGUGUCAAAUCAGUUCAUGUUCUUGACCUCCUCAUAAGGGAUCACACAUUCAAGUCAUUGGACAAAAACUUCAAGACAGGAACACCACAGUCAGUGAAAUUACCUUCAAAUUUAUCUGGCAUUAGAGUUGAUACUGUGAGGUUUAGAUGUGGUAGUCUGAGAAGGUAUGGUGCAAACUUAAAGGAAUUUCAUCUUAGCAUUGGUGUAACUGUGCAUCCGUGUAUUGAGAGGGUCAUGUUGAUUAGACAAAACAUGGGGUAUAAUUGGUCUUCUAUAUAUUAUGCAAACUAUGAUCUAUCUGGCUAUCAACUAGUUUCUCCAAUUGUUGGACUUCUAGCUUAUAAUGCUGAUGAAGAUGCAAACUCUAGCAACCCUUUUCAGCUUGGGAUUGUAGCCGUUGAAAACCCCAUGAUAAUUGAUUUCACCAAUACAACAAAGUUCAGCAAAGAAGAGGGAAUCAAACCAUUGUGUGCUAGUUUUGAAGGAGAUGGGAGAAUGACACUAGCAAAAGCAAACUCAACGUCACCACUUAUUUGUGUUGCAAAGAGACAUGGCCAUUUUGGUUUGGUUAUAGAGUCCUCUCCACAAGAUCAGUUCAGAAAGCCCAUAAGCCAGUGGAAAGUAGCAGUUGGGAGUACCAUUGGUGCUGCGUUGGGUGCUUUUCUUUUAGGGUUGCUUCUUGUGGCAAUGCUUGUUAGGGUGAAGAAGAAAUCAAGAAUGGUGGAGAUGGAAAGAAGGGCAUAUGAAGAAGAAGCCCUUCAGGUAUCAAUGGUUGGACAUGUGAGAGCUCCUACAGCAUCUGGCACACGAACAUCACCGAUACUUGAACAUGAGUAUAUACCUCAUCAUCCUCGUUGA